UCACAGAGAAAAGGAAUCCACCAGAGGAAGACGACCCCCGAGACCCAUCUGUGUCCCCUCAGCCCCACAAUGAGCAGAGUAGGAACCAGAGCCCCACGCAGCCAGAGGACUCCCCUGAGGCAGGCGGGGAGCGGGAGGAGGAGCAGGCCUUCCUGGUCAGCCUCUACAAGUUCAUGAAGGAGCGACACACGCCCAUCGAGCGGGUGCCCCAUCUCGGCUUCAAGCAGAUUAACCUGUGGAAGAUCUACAAGGCGGUGGAGAAGCUGGGGGCCUAUGAGCUGGUAACGGGCCGCCGCCUCUGGAAGAACGUGUACGACGAGCUGGGGGGCAGCCCUGGCAGCACCAGCGCGGCCACGUGCACGCGCCGCCACUACGAGAGGCUGGUCCUCCCAUACGUCCGGCACCUGAAGGGAGAGGACGACAAGCCGCUGCCCCCCACCAAGCCCAGGAAACAGUACAAGAUGCCCAAGGAGCCGCCGGGGGAUGAUGGGGCCACCGAGAGGCCCAAGAAGGCCAAGGAGGAGAGGCAAGUGGACCAGAUGGUGCCAGAAAAGGCCAAGACAGAUGCCACGGACCGAAAUCAGCUCCCCAGCAAGGAUGCCCCCAGGGACAGUGCCGGCCCAACCCUAGCACCCACUCUGCCUCUUGUGGGGGCCAGCUGCUGCCCUGAGGCCUACAAGCGGCUCCUGUCUAGCUUCUACUGCAAAGGGACCCAGGGCAUUAUGUCACCGCUGGCCAAAAAGAAGCUGCUGGCCCAGGUGAGCAAGGCAGAGGCCUUGCGGUGCCAGGAGGAGGGCUGUCGCCAUGGGGCGGCUGCCCCUGAUAGGGAUCCCAGGGCAUCCCCAGCUGCCUGUCCCCCUGAGAGCCCCCAGAACCCAGGGGGACCAGCUGAGAACUCCAGGCACCGAUUGAGCCCCCAGGAGGGAGUGCAGACCCCAAGGGGCAGCCUCCAGGAAGAGCCUCCAAGCGGCCUCUGCCCCACAGCCCCCGUCUUCACAGGCCACUUCCACACGUACCCCACCGAGGUACUGAAGCCCAUCACCCAGCACCCCCGGGACUUCUUUCCCAGCCUGAAAGAUGGGGUGCUGUUGGGCCUAUCUGGCAAAGAGACUGGGCUGCCAGCCAAGGAGUCCCAGCUGGUGUGGGGUGGGGACAUCAACCGCCCCUCUGCGUUCCACAAAGGCGGUGUCAGAAGGGGCAGCACCUACCCCAAGCCUAAGGCCUGCUGGGUGUCCCCCAUGGCCAAGGUCCCUGCCGAGAACCCCGGGGCCCCGGCUGCCGUCCCUGGCAGCCCUGGCAUCCACGGCAAGCGCCACCUGGAGGAAGAGGGCUUUGCACAUGGCGGCAAGAAGCUUCGGGCUGUGCCUCCCUGCUUCAAGCAAGUGGACACCGAGGAGUGUGGUGCCAAGCCCUCAGGACUGGGGGUGGCGGUGCCCUGCCUGCUGGAUCCAGCCUUGAGGCCAACUCCCCGAGAGGCCUACCGGGCCACCAUGCUGCACUGCCCACUGAAAUUCACCAGUCCAUCGGAUCCCUUAAAGGGCCAGGCUGCUCUCCCCUUCAGCCCCCUGGUCAUCCCAGCCUUCCCAACCCACUUCCUGACCACUGCAGCCCCCUCACCCAUGGCUGCGGGCCUGAUGCCCUUCCCUGCUGCGUCCUUCCACGGCACCCUCCGCCACAGACUCUGCCCAGCCUCGUCUGCAUGGCACGUGCCGCCUGCCACAGCCUACGCCACACCCUUCUUCCACCUCAACACCAAGCUGUAGGCCGUGCCGCAGCUGUGCUGUGGAGGAGCCGACUCUGCCCAGGAGGGGGCGGGCACUCCCGGAGGAGUGCUUGGGGCUGGAGCCCUCUCCCCAGGGCACAUGGGCUGGACCUCACGCUGGGACAAGCGAAGAGGAAGGAGUGGAGAAACAGCCUGCCUCCAGGAAAGGGGACCCACGGGGCCGGGACCCAGCAUCUGCAAGGCCUUAGGAGGAAAUAGGCAGGAGCCCAGGAGCGAGGAGGGUCCAGGGAGCCAGGUGGCAGCUCUCUGCACCCAGGUGGCCCACCUAAAAGCCAAUAAAAGACACCAAUGCGAACGCCA